AGAGUCCAUCCUCAAGUAAUAUUCUGCUCUGUAGAUAGGGCUCAGUCCCUCCUUCAUGUUGGUCUAGAUACUAGGAAGCGUGAUUUUUAUUUUAAAGUCACAUGAACACUUUCAAGAUAGCACCUAACAUGACCCCAAAACAGGAGAGAGAGAGAGCGAGUGCUGCAGAAGCACAAAUAUCUCGCCACAUUUUUUUCUACGCUUACACAAACACCUAAGCCGCAUACUCUGUGCAGAGCGCUGACCGCGUGCCAAAAUCCAAACCCGCGAGGAGCGCAAAACAGACGGGUGAAUCACGGCUGCUGAUGCACUCGUUAAGGCGUUACGAGAGGCAGACGUGAUCCAAGAGUGAACGCAGGAUCCCCUCCAGACUGUCAUUUCUCAAAGAGACGAUUAUGCAACUUGUGCAGAGACACACCUGGAGACUAAACACCACCCAUGCGGGAAGAACGCAGGACAGAGAAAUAAUAAAUACAGAAAUGUACAGGAAGGAAAACGGGGAAGCAGGACCGGCUUUGUGAGAGUGUGACAGCAACGUGGAGAGACUGAGAAAGAAAGAAACGCUUCAAAAACACACGAGGAGUUGAAAUUGCUAUAAAUGCACAAACUGGCACUAGACAUCAAAAUGGAAAACUCAUUUAAUUUCUUCAAUCCCUAUAAGGUAAAAGGCUUUUUCAAACAUGCAAAAGACAAAAUGCACUGCAGAAGAGGAGUUGAAAGAGUGAAAAAGUGCUGAAAAUCCCAGCCCCUUCCUUUCGGAUUCACAGGAGCUGAGGUUGCAUCCCGCUGGAUGAGAGUAGGAAACGCAGGACCACUGACAAGAGGGCUGAGCCCUCUUCACUGCUCUGAUGUCACCAAACACAUGACCCAGCCUCUCCAGUAACAGCCCAUCAGGAGGGGAAAAAAGUGUGUUUUAAAGCUUACACGUUUUUGGAUUGCGAGAAUGUCUCAUUCCCCUCACAAACAACCACAGAACCACAAGUGCGGUGCACGAGAUUUCCCCAGGACGACAGGAGGGAGCCACUGGGGCGUAAAUGGUUAAUCAGAGUGGGUCAACCCCAGUCACAGAGACCCAACAAGUCAUUUAGGACUUCAAGGGUCACCACGACCUCCAGAAGAGGAGAGAGCCGACGUGUGGCUAUGGCGUCUAACAGUCUUUUCAGCUCGGUGACUCCAUGUCAGCAGAACUUUUUUGGGAUCCGAGCACCAGCCGCAGGUUCAGUCCGCCGUCCAGCAGCCUUCAGCCGGUGGCGGGGAAGAUGAGCGAUGUGCAGCAGGAGCCGAACGCAGCGGUGCCGAGACUCCGACAGCACGACAACCGAACCAUGGUGGAAAUCAUCGCGGACCACCCCGCCGAGCUCGUGCGGACGGACAGCCCCAACUUUCUGUGCUCAGUGCUGCCGUCUCACUGGAGGUGCAACAAAACUCUCCCGGUGGCGUUUAAGGUUGUCGCUCUGGGAGAUGUUCCUGACGGGACCGUGGUGACAGUUAUGGCAGGAAAUGACGAGAACUACUCGGCAGAACUGCGAAAUGCCUCAGCUGUCAUGAAGAAUCAGGUGGCGCGUUUCAACGACCUGAGAUUUGUUGGCAGGAGUGGAAGAGGAAAGAGCUUCACGCUGACAAUCACAGUAUUCACGAACCCACCGCAAGUGGCGACUUACCAUCGAGCCAUAAAGGUCACAGUGGAUGGACCGCGGGAGCCACGAAGACACAGACAGAAACUGGAAGACCCCCCAAAACCGCCGCUGUUCUCCGAGCGCCUGAGCGAGUUAGAGCGUUUACGCCAGACCACCAUGAGAGUUGCCGUGCAAACCCAGAGUCCCCGGCAGUCUCUCAACGCCACGCCGAACUCCUUCAAUCCACAGGGGCAAACUCAGAUCUCAGAUCCGCGGCAGGCACAAUCCUCUCCGCCCUGGUCCUACGAGCAGCCAUACACUCCUUACCUGAGCCAAAUGACGUCUCCCUCCAUCCACUCCACCACCCCGCUGUCUUCCACCCGAGCCACCGGCCUGCCCACCAUCAGCGACGUGCCAAGACGCCUCUCAGGUACGUCGGAUCUCAGUCCAUUCUCGGCAGACCCGCGGCAGUUUGAACGUCAGUUUCCUGGUCUGUCCACGCUCACAGAAAGCCGUUUCCCCAGUCCCAGAAUGCACUAUCCUGCAACGUUCACCUACACCCCCACUCCGGUCACCUCCGGCAUGUCUCUGGGCAUGUCCACCACCACCCACUACCACACCUACCUGCCUCCGCCGUACCCCGGCUCCACCCAAAACCAAAGCGGGCCCUUCCAGACCAGCAGCACGCCCUAUCUCUACUACGGCGCCUCAUCCGGGUCCUACCAGUUCUCAAUGGUGCCGGGCGGAGAUCGAUCCCCUUCCAGGAUGCUGCCGCCUUGCACUAGCGCGUCCACCGGCAGCACCCUCAUCAACCCCAACCUGCCCAAUCAGACGGACGGAGGCGAGGCGGACGGCAGCCACAGCAGCUCGCCCACUGUGCUCAACUCCAGCGGCAGGAUGGACGAGUCCGUUUGGCGACCCUAUUGAGACGGUCUGGUUGAACGAGACCUCAACGCAGCACUGUUAGCCUUAAAGACAGAGUGCGAGAGAUAGUUGCAUGUAAGCAUGAUCGGAUUUGAAGCACAAGCUCAUUGGUACUCAUUGUUGAAUGGUUGCAGUGUAUUUUAUGACUACACUGAUGUUUUUUUAAAUUCUUUAAUACAGAUGGCGAUUUACGGCAUUAGUCUGAUUCAUCUGACAUUCCACAUCGGCUAUCAGUGAUAUAACACAUGCCAGUCACUGAAUUUAAAGGAAUAGUUCACUCAGAAAUGAAAAUAUGCUGCCUCAUAUCGUUCUAAACCCUGCAAAAAAGGAUUUUUAGUUCAACUUUAAAUAGUUGUACUAUCUAAACAUUCUUAAAUAAACAUACAUUUACUUGAGAAGCAAAAUUACUUAAGGUAUUAAGUCUUGUUUCCUAAAAUAUAACUUUUUUUUCACAGUUGACCAAUUUGCUGUACAAUUUCUAAAAAGACUUAUAAAAACACCAAAACCAAUCAAAAAAAAACAAAAAAAACAAUUGUAAAAAAAAUAUAUUUGUAUAAAUACAAAAACAAAACAAACAACAACAGACAACAAAGGACAUCACAAGUCAUAGGCUAAAGUGAAGAGUUACGUUUUAACUUAUUUCAGAUACAGGGAGUUACAAUAGUCAAUUCUAGAAGAAAUAAAAGCAUGAAUUGCAGUUUCAAAGUGCUUAAAAGAAAGGAAAGUCUUCACUUUAGCCAGCGCUCUUAGUUGGUAAAAACUUGAUUUGACAACUUAAUUUAUUUGCCUCUCAAAUUUAAGUGCACUAUCAAAUAAGAUGCCCAAUUUUUUACACAUGAUUUAACUGAAGAAGAUAAAACACCAGAAUUUAAAUGAGAAAUGUUUGGGAUUUCAGAAAAGUUAAACACGAUGAUCUCCGUUUUACUCUCAUUUAGAUUUAUAAAAUUUAACAACAUCCAGGCUUUGACAUCGGAAAGACAGGCACAGAGGGAGUCUAAGUCAUUUGUGUGCUUCAGGGGCAAAUAAAGUUUAGUAUUGUCUGCAUAGCAAUAACAGUACAAGCCAAGUUUUACAAAAAUAGAGCCUAAAGGAAGCAUAUACAGAGAAAACAAUAAAAUUGAGCCUUGGGGGACCCCACAAGUCAAGGGCACCACACCCAAAUAGCAUCCUUUUAUAUUUUCCUAUUAUUGUUUUAAGCAUUAAGUCACAUAAAUUUAUGUUUUGUUUUUGUUCUUUCAGGUAAAUAAAUCUUUAUACUAUCUCAUGUCAUUUUGCUUCUCAAGUAAAUGUUUCUUGAUUUAAGAAAGUUUAGACAUUUUAUUGAAAAAUAAGAUAAAAUGCAAAAAAAGGAUAUCAUUUUUGCAGUUUUUACUUCCUUUCUUUUGUGGAACACAAAAUGACAUAUUUAGUGCAAUGUUAACGCUGCACAUUUAUAUGCAAUGAAAGCAUAUCGUGGUGGUAAAGCUCCAAAAUGCUCUUUAAUGUGGUUUUUGAAGUUUGACAGCUGAUCAUGUGGCUUUCACCACCAAAAGAAGGCGGCUUGUGCGCUAUAUAUUCUAAUUAUUCUGAAGACAUUCAGUAACUUUGUGUAAAGAGCAGACCAAUAUUUAAGAGUAAAUGUUGCCAGAACAUUCAUUUUUGGACGAACUAUCCCUUUACCUGUCCUAGAGUAAACUUUCAUUUCAAUAGGAAUGCAUACACACUAUUGGCUCAGAAUAUUUUUAUACUAACUCGGUCUAAUUUAGCAUUUCUUAACACUGAAAGCAACUUUUUUAUUUAUGCGUGUUAGAAGUCAGCUAUUUGAAACCUUACUGGCUAAUUCCCUCUGAUUAUUUUAAUUUAUGUAUGAAAUGGUAGCAAACGGUACUGAUUGCGAAGCAAUAUAAGCCAUAUAAACUUUAAAUUAUGCAAUGUGUUUAGAGGGACAAAAUCUAAGACGUUUGAAUAUUAUUUUUUGGACAUCUAUUAAUAACUUAAUGAAAUAUUUACUCGUUUUGUAAUUUAAAUGUUUUGUUAUUAUUAUUGUUAUUGAAAAGCAACCAAAAAGAAAAUCCAAUGGUACGCAAGCAAUGAAGGAAGGAUAUUUCAUUGUAAGACUAUAUCCACAAUCAAAUGUUUGUGGAUUUUUCUCAGAAUAAUAUCUCAGUCUGAACCGUUUCAUAUUAAUAACAUGAAGUAAGCAAGCGUUAAGACAUCCAGAAAUGUUUUAGACUGAGUAAAUCUGAGUGAGUAACAUCCAUAACAAAAACAAUCAAUAAAUGUACAAAGAUAUGUUACGAGAGGUGACGUGCUGCACUCUCCACUUGUUUUAUUUUGGUAUCCAAUGUUUAGCAAGUUAAUUUAUUUUAGAUGUAAUUUUUAUUUAAUGUUUUUGGUGACUACAAGAACGACCAAACUCUUGCAGCAGUGGCCUAAAUCUCUGCUUCUUCAGAUACAGACAUGAUCAAAUGUUGCGCAUGCACUUGCAAAACGACCAGUUUCAACACAAUCGUCAGCCUUCUCUUCUAUAACUGGAUGGUUAACUGCACUUUGUAGGUUAGUUAAACACUAUGCAAACUGUACUACAACAAUCACACUCAGAAAUGUCUCUUUGCUGUGUGCUAAUGUUCUUGAGGUACAAUAUAAUCAAAGUACUUGGCAUUUUAGACAACACAUGAAAACAACAAAAUCUCUGACAGAAGUACAGUGAAAUGAACUGUUUAAGAUGAGAUGGGCUGCAAGCAUACAUUAUACUGAAAAGACAAUCAAAUUUAAUUCCACAAUGGAAAUGCUUAUCAUCUCUAUUUCUAGAAUUUAUUUAUUGGUCAGCAAACCAUAACGAGAUGGGAUGAAAUUAUCACUGACAAGAGAACCAAUUUUGAAACAAUUCUCUUUGUAAUUCUUUACACUUUGUAGUUGGCAUCUUUGAAGAUUAAUGUACGUGUUUCUGGAUUCAACAAGUGGUACUUGAUAGAAUGUGUGUCCAUAUGUGAGUUAAUAGGCUGCUGGCAGCGCCCUUCUGAAACAAAUCUCACUUGUCUGUUUUAUUUCUGUUUUUGUGUAGAACAAAGCACUUCUUCUUUUAAAGGAAUAUACAACAAAUGAAGCCUAAAUGCCAGAUAUAAAGAACAAAUAAAUAUUUUACUCAAGAACUUAUAUUUUGCAUGAAGUAAAAUGAAGUCUUUUUUUGCAUAAUGACAUAAUGACAAUUAAGAAAAUUUUCUUCCUUGACUAACUGUUUUCUGUUUUGGCACAAUAAAUUACAUACAUUAGCAUCAAUUCAUCAAUUAAAUCCAAUACAAUGGUAACUAAAAAUAUAUAUGCAUUUUUUUUUUUUUUUUCAUGUUACAGUAAUGAAUAAUUAUUAAAAGUAAUGUCUCAAUGUAAAACAUUCUAAACAUAAGCCAAACAUGGUCCUAAACUUCAUGCAAAAUAUGUCAUGUUUUUUCCCUUUGAUUUUUGUGACAAAAUGUAACCUGAACAUGUUCUUGGUCAGUUUUGAGAGAUUCACCCAAUUAAAAUGAUCUUAAAACAAGCCUGUAAGCUUUUUAACCCCAGCUAUUUGUUCUGUACAGUAUUAAACCCCAUUUGUUUGAGUUCAGUAACAAAAACAUCACUUACACUGCUGUCCUUAACUGCCCUUUGAUUUUGCCUUUUCUUUACCGUGGUGUCUUCUGGUAUGAGGAGAGCGUUUAUGUUUACAGAAUGUUUACAAAAACUGCAAGCAGGUAACUGCAAAUGUAAAGAACCUCUGCACUGUUAACUUUUUAUGAAUCCAUGUUUAAUUGCUUCAACAUGCCUGAUAACACAAGAACAACAUUGGUCUGUCUUAAUCAAACAUGUCACAGGGCCAAAAUAUUUCUAUGCUUUUGGGCUGUAGACUAUGUUUUUCAUUCACCCUUUUUUAUGUAGUACCUUUGCAACUUCUGGGUCAACUAGCAGAGAUUCCUUCCAUAAAACUAUUUAUAUCUGUUCUAUACGUUCAAACAAGCAUUGAAAGUUAAUUUACAUAUGUUUUGUCAUUAUCACAGACAUUCAGAGAGUUUUGGGAUUCUCCUUGGAAUAUCUAUUUGCAAAUUUCAUUUAUAUUGCCAGUACGCAAGGUCAGUUUAAAUAUGAAGAAAACCAAAUGCUUCUGCGACAUAUUUUGCGCUUUGUUAUUUUCGUUUCUGGACCCUGGAAACACAAUGCUAUUGAAAUAUACAUCAUUUUGAUUCAUCACAAUGCUUUGUUUGUAAACAACUUCCUUGCACAUACUGUACAGAUGUUUCAGUUUCAACAGUCCUGUUUGUGAAACUUUAACCUGUUUGUAUGGGACAAACAAUCCAGUAAAAAUAUUGUGAGAUUUUUGAGCGUUUCUGAUGAUUGUAUCAUUUGUCUUUGAGAAUAAAAAUGGCUUUUUGUUAUAA